AUGGGUUUAUACUGUCUCGACAGUAAUCCUUCGAAAUAUUUGUGGGAUGAUGCCUCGGGCUCUGCAGAUAGUUAUAAUAGUUUUGCAAGUGGUUUCCCUCUCGUCGAUAUCGGAAAAUGUGUUUACUACUCGGCGCAAGGGGCGUUGGCAGGAAAAUGGUUGAGCGGGGACUGCGAAAAAGAAACGAGAGCUUAUGUUUGUGAACUGCCUCAUACUUAUGCAGAUUCUUGUCAGUUCAAUUAUAACGGUCACUGCUACACCAUCCAUAAUCCAACGACCUUUGUUCAAGCUCAAUUUAUUUGUGAGCAGGAAUGCGGAAAUCUGGCUUCGAUUACAUCUGCAAACGAGAACAGAUACCUCCAAACACUAACGAAUAAUCUGGUUAUGGAUAGUUAUCUGAUAGGUGGAAUGUGGCCAUCUAUCAACGUAUUCAACUGGAUUGAUGGAUCUGCUACAAACUACAAUAAUAUAGAUCGAUAUGCUUCAUAUAAUGCAAACUGUAUGGCAGUCUCCAACUCAGCGUCACUCUCCGUGCCGCCUGGAUAUUGGUAUAGUACUAGUUGUACUACUACUCAUACCUUCAUCUGCAAACGACCUGCUGGUGUUAAAUGUAGUGGAACUCCUCCUCCAGUGACUAUCACCCCAGUCCCAUCAAACCCAUCAUUCUGCAACUCUACACUUCUCCUUGCACCUGGAGUCAUCACGACCCCCAAUUUUCCACAAAAUUAUGCUAACAACCAGUUCUGUUCAUAUCAAUUGAAUACCCUAGGAUCCUACAACAUUCUUCUCCAUUUUACUAGUUUCCCAGACUGA